CAAAGCUUUGAAGGCUGAAUCAUAGGCUAAUAGCUGUGACGCUCGACGAAUGGUGAUGUCAUUUUCAGAGAUCACAAGAUUCAAGGGAAAUCCCCUUUUUAAGACUCAUUUUACAUGCAGGUGAAUUACCGGGAAAUGAUAUAGCGGGCUUCAGGCCACGUAUAUCGGGCAGAAGUAGGCGUAAUAAAACCCGAUGAAGGGUUAAUUUGGCAGCAACUUGGUAUAUCGGGGUGACAGUAUAUCUUUCAAACUAUGAAGCCAUGGCACAGCAAGUAAUUCGACCGUCAACACCUCCAGCCUUUGACGAAAUACUCAACGAAAUCAGAUCAUGCCAUGCUAAAUCAGUGUCUCUAGCUUCGCAGGCUUUGGCACAAGAUGAUGCAAACAACAACGCAGACGCUAUGGCACUUUAUCUUCAGGCUUUGAGACAUAGUGAGAAUGGUUUGAGACACAAUAUCCACGAUUUUGAACAAUCCAGUGCAGGAUGGGAACAAGCCAGGCAGAUGCAAGAACAGAUCAUAUCAACCAUAGCUAAUAUAAGACAGAGAAUUUAUCAUUUACAAUCUUUUGAUGAAUCAGGUAAUCAAGAUGUUCCACAGCUCGAAAGCCCGCCUACAUAUUCUCUACAUGACCCCCUCUCAUCUCAGUCUGGUCCCCAAUUCCACGAUAGUGACAUUAUGGCCGAUCCACUUUUAUCUAUCGAGAGUGGCGCACAAAUAUAUUUUGUCUCAGCAGAGAGCCAAGUAGAAUCAAUGCCUCCGUCUUACCCAGCAUCCUUACAAAUUGUAUUAUUGAAGGAAGAUUCUGUAACACCAGGGGGACCUCAAGCUAUACUUCAAGUCGGAGACUGGGUGUAUCCACUCGCAAAUAACCAGAUGCCGGUUUUGAAAUCUGCGAACGGUGCCUAUAUGUUCCCUAAGUGCACAGAAGAUGGAAUUCAAGAAGGGUACGCAAUAGGGGUCGUAAUUUCGAGCAAUGUGUCGAGAGAUUAUGUGGAAAUGUUUGAGAAUAUUCUUCAAACUUAUGCUGCUUUUCAAAUUGAAAAUCCAGACGAAGGAUUUGUUGAUUUAUCAGAAUUUAUUGGAGCAUUUUCAGAAGCGGAUGAUUACAUUCCGCCAAGCAUGAGUGACCGCAUGGCAGCAUCGGUAACAAAUGGAGCGACCGCUUUGUCCCAACAUGUCCGAAAUGGGACAGACUAUGCUACCAAUUUAGUUGAAAGCAGUGCAAACAAUAUUAAAGCAAAGUUGACCCCAGCAGAAGGGAAAGUAACGGUCAAUCCAUAUAUCAAAAGAGGCCUUGAAUAUACAUACAAUGCAGCUGAUACCACAGUCCGGGUGAAAAAUUGGUUGGUUCAGUGGUUAUGUUCGAUCACAACUUCAGUUGGUCAACAAGUUGCCCCAUAUUUCACGAAGGCAAUAGAAGAUAGCCCAGAAAAUACGAGCACUAAUGUGUACGGUGCGUUAAAAGUGGUGAAAUCGGGGCUUGCAGGAUUCGGUAAAAUCUGGACAGAACUGGAAAAAGCCGGCUCAACCAUUGCCCAAGCCGUUACCACAGCAACAGUUAAGAAUAUGGAAUAUAAAUAUGGACCAGAUGCAGCGGAAGCCACAAAUCUAGCCAUGGGGGCCGCAGUGAAUCUUGGAGCUACGGCAUUUGCACUUGAUAACUUGGGCACUAAGGUUAUAGCUGAUAUAGCAGCGAGUUGCGAUGAACAAAGAGUUGAAUAUAAAUCUGCAAAUGAAACGGUUUCUUUUCAUAACAGUUUUAAAGAUGAUCAGCAACCGGACAGUUUCAGAAAUAUCUGAUAUGCUCAAGUCUUUGUUUCUGUUCAAUCACAUUUAUCAGGGUAAAUUGAUGUCGGCCUAGCACAUCACAAUAAUGUCCUCAAUAUUUUAUCUAUUCUAUUAUCUAUAUUUCAAGUUUACCCAAAACAUUUGAUAAAUUGAUAAGCCGUAAUGAAACCUUCAAAAUGUAGAAGCUUACUCUACAAUUAUUCUGAAUCAAAGAGCAAACCCAAACAAAGAAUUGUGUAUUCUAGGGUUUGGAAUGUAUUUACGGCCUUGCUCAAGAAGUUAUUGCUACUAAGCCAAUUUGUAUACUACGCUCCGCUAUAUCAACCUUAGCAGUCGGUUUAACCACGAUCUUGCCUUACCAGAUGCUUAAUCAGUUCCGAAGAAGUUCCAUUUUCGUCAGUUACAGUAAAGUAUGAAAUAUAAUGGCUAUUAUAUCCUUUUUGCACUUAUAUAUAUAUAUAUAUAUAUGGGUGUUACUGCAAUUAUUUUUUUUAUAAAAUCUUAUCUGUAUUGUUUUGCAAUUGCAACAUAAAGACUGUUGAAAUUAAACCCUAUUAUAAUUAGCAAUCUCUUCAAAUAAAUACUUUAUACUUGUUAUAAAUGAAACGUUAUUGGGGAAUGAGCCAACCUUCAAAUCAAAUAUUUAAAGAGACAUUUCACUGAGUCUCUCUGGCUCAUUAUCAAUGGGGUCGUAUAUGGGUACUCCUGUAGUGUGUGUAUUGGGUUAGGCCAUAAUUUUAUUCAGAUUUUCCUUAGUAAACAUACCCCAUAGCUUUCAGUACCUACACACAACUUGAUGUAAACUUCAUAUUGGUACGCACACUUCUGGAGCGCCCAUUAAUGCCCUAUUUCAGAUUUGUAAGUUUUAAAAAUAAAUAUUUAUCUGAUAACUGUUCUUGUGUUUGAAAAAAUAUAUCAUGAUUGAGAUUUUUUUGUAAUUUAUUUAAUAGCAGAAGUGGUAGAAUUAAAAGGCGAAUAAUGUUUUUCGAAUACCGGAGGGGAAAAGAUGAAUUCAUUUAUUUGCUCAUUUUGGAAUAUCAAUCUCUUAUAUUUACUGAGACAAGAGCGAUUGAAUGCCUGAAACCUAGCUUUGAGCAAAAUUGUAAAAGAAAUAAUAGCAGAUAAAAAUUGGUU